CGCCCACGCUUCUCUUCACAGGGGGAGUGAGAAGCACGUGACGCUGCGAGAGGAAAGCUGAGUUGGUAGGGGCCGCCCCUUCCCAUGUGACCGAGACCCCUUAUUCCCGCCCAUCAGAUCGGAGCUUACCUAGACCUCACAUGUGAUCCAUUCCGCUCCCGUUCCUGGUUCCACCGGGGUCUCCGGAGCUCGUUGUUACAGACUUGGAAUAUCUGCUGCUGAAGAACUCCAUGUGCCUCUGAAUUCCUUGGCUUAUCGGGAGCCGUGCCUUUAAACACAGAGAUAACCUUUUUACAGUCACAUGCCGAGUCUCCGCCGUGCCUUGCUCCGCCGUCUAUAUGGAAAUCGCCAGAAAUACGUUUAUUUGGGAAGUUUUCAUCUGAAUUUUGCAGCUUUUUCUGUUUUAUUUUAAAAAUAUUUAUCUGUAACAAAGUUUUGUUUUUUUGAAGAAGGGGGGGGAAGAAAACAAAUAUUUUUUUUUCCUUCCCCGUUGAUGCGAUAAAUUGAGCGUAUUGGGAGCGUCCUUUCCUAACCUGCCAGACCUACGGAGAACAGAAUGUACCCCAGCUGCUGAUUUUUUUCCCUGAAUAUUAUUUAUUUUUUCUAAUUCAACACCAAAUCUUCUGGACAAAAAAAUGGUGAUCUCUAAGGGUCGCUACCUGCUUCUAUUCCUCUGCGUCCAGCUAGUGGUCAUGGCUCUGCUUUAUAGAGAAGGCUACAGGAAAAGGGUGGCUUAUUUCUUUGGGAUAUUUUACAAAGGGGGGUCUGCUUCCAUGGGACUCAUCAACCCCCACAAUUUAUCCCAAGCUGGGGACGUUUAUGCCAACCUCAGCUUAAUAUCCAAGCCUUCGCUGAGGGAAGAGGAGUUGCCAUACUGUCCUGAGACCUCUCCUUUCUUAGGGGGGCCAAUAAGAGUCAAGUUGCCGGAGAACUUGUUACUGGAGGAAGUUGAACGCAAAAAUCCUUACGUGACCAAAGGUGGCCGCUACAAGCCGCCCGACUGCGAGUCAACCCAUAAAACCGCCGUGAUCAUCCCCCACCGCAACCGGGAGCAGCACCUUAAAUAUCUGCUCUACUACUUGCACCCGUUUCUGCAGCGGCAGCAACUCAACUACGGGAUAUACAUCAUCCAUCAGGCAGGUAAUUUCACUUUCAACCGAGCGAAGUUACUGAACGUCGGCUUCAAGGAGGCCAUGAAAGACGAGGACUGGGACUGCCUGUUCUUCCACGAUGUCGACCUCAUUCCCGAAGACGAUCGUAACAUUUAUAUAUGUGACAGAUUUCCAAAGCACGCCUCCAUCGCCAUGGACAAGUUUGGAUACAAGUUGCCUUACAAAUCCUACUUCGGAGGAGUGUCUGCCCUGAGCCCAGAGCAAUAUAUGAAGAUGAAUGGAUUUCCCAACAACUACUGGGGCUGGGGGGGUGAAGAUGACGACAUAGGCAUCAGAGUGGCACUCAGUGGCAUGCUUAUAUCUCGCCCUUCAGUCCAGUACGGGAGAUAUAAAAUGAUCAAGCACGGCCAUGACAAAGGCAAUGAGCAAAAUCCCAAAAGGUUCAACAUGUUGACUAAGACUCGGAGGACAUGGAAGCAAGAUGGAAUGAACGCACUGCAGUACAUACUGAUCUCCAAGGAGCUGCAGCCACUAUACACCAAUAUAACCGUGGACAUUGGCACAGACAAAGGUUUGAGGCCCCACACGUGAGACCGGCGUCUGAUUAAAUCACAAGUUCUUUCUAAACUGUCGGCAGCAACUCAAGGAAUUCAGCUCCAUGACCAUGGGACGCCCUUCUCUCUCUAUAUAUGUAUAUAUGUAUGUGUGUGUGUAUAUAUGUGUGUAUAUAGAGAGAGAGAGAUUUCUAUUGGCUUUUUCUGUCUUUUAUCUGCAGCUGAGACUGGAGAACCAAAGAAUGAGUCCAGUGUUGCUGUACAGACAGGGGGGGUCUCUUCUUCCAUCUCUUGUGACUCUGAGUCCAAACUUGCUCCCCGACCCCUGAGAACUUCUAUAUAACUAGGGAGCGGUCUCAUUACAGGCCGGGAUACAAAGACCACACUGCAGUGCAGUGACCAGUUAUUUGUUUUUCUACAGUAUUUGUGUCUCAUCUCUAUAAAUAUCACUGGGGGGGGGGUGGAGAAUCCAUUACUGAUCUGUAUCUGAAAGUGCAAUUUCUGACUUAUUUUAACUAGUGGAUUUUACCCAUUGCUGAAACAGGACCUCCCCUUUUUUUCUUUACUUAAACCAAUUUAACUCUCAAUGAUCUAAACCAGAGAACUGACAGUUUCCUUUACUUCCUGAACACGCCACAAACACUUUAAUCGUCUAAUACUUCCGACAUUAACAUUUUAUUUCCUUCUGACUUUUUUUUUUGUUUUUUUUUCUGCCACUCUUCUCAUUUCGGAGCUUUGCCAGCACCCGGCCCACCUCCAUAUCAUUUAUUCCCAUCACAGACAGAAGGUUUCACUGGAAUUGGUUGACCCAAGGAAAGAACUAUAUUCACUUCAAUCCUAAGUGCCUUUGAUGCCAAUUUAAAUGCAUGGGACAAAAACUUUUUAUAAAAAUCCCAUCACUGGUUCUCUGCCAAAAACAAUUCUUACAGUUUUAUGUACUGACGCUGUUCCUAAAGGUCAGACUCGUGGCCCUUCCUUAUGGGCUUUUUUUUCUCUCUCUGUGAACUGUGAAAAUCGGUAUAAACAUUUCUUUAAUAAAUAGAUAUAUAUAUUUA